AUGCUUUGUGGAAUUUCUGGAGAGGCUCCUCAAGAGCCCGUCGUGUCUAAGAAGUCCGGUGUUGUCUACGAGAAGCGCCUUAUCGAGCAAUACAUCAACGAACAUGCCACCGAGCCCGAUUCUGGAGAGGCCCUGACCGCUGAUGAUCUCCUCCCUAUUCAUUCGUCGCGUAUCGUCCGACCGCGUCCUCCUACCCUCACAUCCAUCCCAGCCCUCCUCGCGACCUUCCAGAACGAAUGGGACGCGCUCGCUCUCGAGACCUAUAACCUCAAGGAGCAGCUCGCGCGCACCAGAGAGGAACUCGCCACAGCAUUGUACCAGCACGAUGCUGCCGUGCGAGUUGUUGCACGACUCACGAGAGAGCGAGACGAGGCUAGAGAUGCCCUGAGCAAGGUCACUGUGACCGGGGGUGCUGUCGAUGGUGAUCAGAUGCAGGUUGAUAGUGCGGAGAAGCUGCCACAAGAACUUAUCGAGAAGGUGGACGAGACUCAUCAGACACUAUCAAAGGGUCGCAAGAAGCGUCCUGUCCCCGAGGGCUGGGCUACCGGCGAAGAGAUCUCAGCUUUCGAAAGCGCGACUACCUACUCACUCCCUGUUCCUGAUGCCACAGCUCUUAGUGUCGGAGGAGUUAACGCAGCUGUCGGAGGUCUGAAGGGCCAGGCCGUUAUUUACUCUACUACCGAGGACAAGGUCGAGGUGUCGAUCCCCGUGGAGGAGCCCAUUACAGACGCUGCCUGGGCUGAGAACCGUGUUAUCUUUGCGACUGGCCAAGGAAGCGUCAAGGUCUUCGAGGAGGGUAACCAGGUUGCUUCUUUGAGCGAGCAUGCCGGUGCUGCUACCGCAUUGAGCCUCCACCCCAGCGGUGAGAUUCUGGCUUCCGUCGGUACGGAUAAGAGCAUUGUAUUUUACGACUUGGUUGGACAGAAGCGCGCUGCCCGUGCUUACACCGAUGCUGCUCUUACCGCUUGCGCAUUCCACCCUGAUGGCCACCUCUUUGCUGCUGGUACUACUUCUGGUGAGAUCAAGCUCUUCAUGACCAACACUCUCGAGCAGGCUGCUUCCUUCAGCCUUGGUGCCCCUAUCCAGGCUCUUACCUUCUCCGAGAAUGGCUACUGGUUCGCCGCCACAGCCAAGGGACAGACCAUGGUCACCAUCUUCGAUCUACGAAAGGAAGGGGACGCCGCCGUGGCCAAGGUUCUCGAGACCGGUGGACCUGUGCAGUCUCUGGCCUGGGACUACAGUGGGCAGUUCCUUGCCACCGGCGGCGCUGCUGGAGUGACUGUGCAACAAUUCACCAAGUCCACCAAGAAGUGGACCGAGCCCGUGAAAAACUCCACACCUUCGGUCUCGGUUCGAUGGGGAGAGUCUGCUAAGCAGCUAGUGACAAUUAACGGAGAGGGUGUGGUCAGCAUACUUGGUUCAAAGGAAUAG